CCAAUAUUUCUUUCACUCUGUUUUUUCUGACCGCCUCGCCGGCGUGCCGAUGUCGGUCGGCAUUACCAUCGCGCCGGCGCCACCGAGCAUCUCGCCGGGCCUUAAGCCCUUCCAUCGCCAGGCCAUUUCGGCGGCCGCCACGAUCUCCACAUCCACCCACCUUGCCAACCUGGACCGUCUCCUCCAGAAGUCAGUUGCUCCACUGCCUCCGCCGCCUCCUCCACCUCCUCCGCAGAUCGUGGAGCAUCGACACCGCCGCCCGCCUCCGCUCUCUUCCCUUCCUGACCUGCCCUUCUUCCCUUUCUUUUCCUCUUCUUUGCAUUCGAAUAAGCAGCAGGAUGCCUCCGGCGCCGGAGAACAGAUCUCCCCGCUCGCCCUCGCUCUGCUCUCCGACUCUGCGCGACCCUCGCCGCGCGGCUCCAUUUCGGCAAGCUGGCGCCGCUACCACGGCGAAGGCGACUGGGAAGGCCUCCUAGACCCGCUCGACCGCCACCUCCGCCGCGAGCUGGUCCGGUACGGCGACCUCGUCCACGCCGCCUACCGCGCCUUCCACUCUCACUCACGGCCGCCGGUCGACGUCGUCCUUCCCGACCGCUCCUACCGCGUCACCCGCCACCUCUUCGCUACCGCCUCCAUCGACCUUCCGACGUGGCUGCGGCCCUCACCGCGCACCAGCUGGAUCGGCUUCGUCGCGGUCUGCGACAGCGAGCGCGAGAUCCGUCGAAUGGGGCGCCGGGACAUCGUCGUGGCGCUAAGAGGGACCGCCACGUGGCUCGAAUGGGCCGAGAACUUCCGCUCCGGAUUGGUGGACGUUGGGAAUUCGGCCAAGGUUGCGUGCGGGUUCCGGAGUCUGUACAAGACGGCGGGGACGGAGGCACCGAGCCUGUCGGAGGCAGUCGUGGAAGAGGUGCGGCGGCUGACGGAGCUGUACGCUGGGGAGGAGCUGAGCGUGACUAUGGCCGGGCACAGCCUUGGAGCGGCCCUAGCGGUGCUGGCGGCGGAGGAGGUGGCGCAGCGCGUGCCGACGCCGCCGCCGACAGCAGUGUUUUCCUUCGGCGGGCCUCGGGUAGGCAACAGGGCGUUCGCGGAGCGGGUGGAAGCGCGCGGAGUGAAGGUUCUGCGGGCGGUGAACUCGCGCGACGUGGUGCCCCGCGUGCCGCCGGAGGGCGGCGGAGCCGGGUACGCCCACGUGGGGAAGGAGCUGCGUCUCGACAGCCGGACGUCGCCGUACCUGCGGCCGGAUGCGGACCCGAUGUGCUGCCACGACCUGGAGGCGUACCUGCACCUGGUGGACGGGUACAUCGCCGCCGGAGGGCCGUUCCGGCGGGACGCCAAGCGAAGCCUCGCGCGGUUGGUCACCGAGCAGAGCGCCAACGUGAAGAAGCGUUACGUGAGCGUGGCGCACGCAGCGGCCAGAGAGAAGUCAACUCCGGCCAGCCGGUUAAUUUCCCGGUGCAGCUCCGCCAGUAGCCCGACAAUCGGUUCCAGCCUGUCCAUAGAAAACGUAAAAAUUCGAUGA